AUGAAGACCUUUUCAAGAGAACAAGUUGCAAACCACAAUUCCAAAGGAGAUUUGUGGAUCGUUAUCGACAGCACCAUCUACGACGUUUCCAAAUUCAUCAACAUCCAUCCAGGCGGCGCUUCCGUCUUCUUCGACGACGAUAUCGCUGGCCAAGACGCUACUGAGCAAUUUUUCAACCUCCAUCGCCUCGAUGUCCUCGAAAAACCUCAGUACAAGCGCCUUAUCAUUGGCCAAAUUGAGAAUGAGAAACCUGUUAUUAAGUUCCCUCAACCAGGUGAUCUUUCCGAGGUACCAUACGGCGAGCCAAGCUGGCUAUCGCAAGCAUAUCACUCUCCAUACUACAAGGAGUCCCAUAAAGCUCUGCAGAACUGGAUGAGAAAGUUCGUAGACACUGUCAUCACCCCUGACGCUCUUGCACGCGAAAAGGAUGGCAAACGAUGCUCUGAUGGUGUUGUCGAGAAAAUGGCUCAAUACGAAAUCAAUGCCAUGCGUCUCGGCCCAGGUAAGCAUCUUCACGGCCGCACCCUCGCAGAAGGCAUCGUAAAGCCAGAGGAAUUUGACUAUCUCCAUGAACUUGUCAUCAACCAGGAACUCGUCCGUCACGGCCAGCGUGGAUAUGGCGAUGGUUUGCUCGCUGGUAUGGUUAUCGGUCUCCCACCUGUCCUCAAUUUUGGAAGCGAUGAGUUGAAGGCCCGCAUUAUCCCUCAGGUUCUCUCCGGCGAAAAGUUCAUCUCACUCGCCAUCAGUGAGGCUUUCGCAGGCUCUGAUGUCGCAAACCUGCGUACGACAGCAGUCAAAUCUCAAGAUGGCAAACAUUGGAUCAUAAACGGUACCAAGAAGUGGAUCACAAAUGGCACCUUCUCCGACUACUUCAGCGUAGGCUGCAAGACGGAGGGAGGUCUAACAAUGAUCCUCGUAGAGCGCACUGAGGGUGUAUCUACGGAGCAAAUUAAGACAUCGUACUCUACUACCGCCGGAACAGCGUACAUUACAUUCGAUGAUGUCAAAGUCCCUGUCGAAAACACUCUUGGUCCUGAAGACGGUGGGCUGCUCGUUAUACUCUCCAAUUUCAACCAUGAGCGUUUUGUAAUGGCGACUGCGUCGACGCGUUCGAUCCGGUUCGUUGUUGAGGAGUGUUUCAAAUGGGCCAACCAGCGUAAGGUGUUUGGCAAGACUCUCCUCGGCCAGCCAGUCAUCCGCUACAAAUUAGCAGGCAUGGUCGCCAAAGCUGAAUCCUUGCAAGCUUGGCUUGAGUAUGUGGGCUAUCAGAUGACCAAGAUGACGUACAAGGAGCAGUCGAAGCACCUCGCCGGUCCAAUCGCGCUGCUCAAGAUGCAGUGCACAAGGGUCGAGAAUAGUGUUGCUGACGAUGCUGUACAAAUCUUCGGCGGCAGAGCUAUCACGCAGACAGGCAUGGGACGCAAUAUUGAGAUGUUCAACCGCACCUAUAAAUUUAACAGCUUACUCGGUGGUUCUGAGGAAAUUUUGGGUGAUCUUGGUAUACGCCAGGCUAUGAGACAGAUGCCAAAGAGCGCACGUCUCUAG